AUGAUUUUGUCGGAGACCCGGUUUCCCAGCUUAGCAGAGGUCUAUCGACUAGCUGCCACACUGGAGCCUCUCGGGAACCAGUCAGGUGGUCAGGGCUCCAUGAGCCUGACCACCACUCGAUCUAAUAGUACUAAUGAUGUCCACGUGAAGCGCCCUAUGAAUGCUUUCAUGGUGUGGUCGCGUGCACAACGGCGAAAGAUCGCCUUAGAGAACCCAAAGAUGCACAACUCGGAAAUCAGCAAGCGACUGGGCUCCGAAUGGAAGCAUCUAUCGGAUUCGGAGAAAUUACCCUUCAUCGAAGAAGCGAAGAGACUGCGGGCGUUACACAUGAAAGAACACCCAGACUACAAGUACAAGCCCCGCCGAAAACCCAAGAACUUGCUGAAAAAAGACAGAUUCCCUUUUCCAAUGCCAUACAUCCCCGCACCCAUGGACUACCUGGGGAUGGGUUUUUCAAGAGGUCUUUUUCCACCCCCGCCCCUGCCUGGACUAUUUCCUUUUCACUCAGGGACCAUGGAGUCUUCAACUGCAGUUCCCGUUUCAGCUCCAGUCCCUGGGAUAGGACGAUUUUCACCUCCUACCGAAGAAAGAGAUAGCAAGUCUACUUCAAGUCCAGAACUCAUAUCUAGUCAUCCCCUCCAGCCUCUGACUUCUAUUAGCUCCAAGAGCUACCCAAUUACUAGUUUACCCUACGGCUCAGCAUCUCUUUAUCCCGGUUUGUCUGUGUCCGUACCCGGCUACGUCUAUCCGUGCGGCUGUGGAUCUCAAGGUUACAGCUACCCAUCCAGCAAUGGUCCUGGUGAAGCAAGCAGGCACAGCUGUGGUGGAGUGAAUUCUUUAGUCUUGAAUCCAUUUUUGAAGAGCACAGACGGAAUAGGCUACGCUGCAGCCGCUGGAGCACCUUCUGGCUUUCGGGACCUCAACGUAGCUUCUGCCGGUUCGUCUAGUGGCGGUUUACCGGCCACUCAUCUCCUGGGACUUUACUCCUCUUGUCUCGUACGCUCUAAGCCUUCGGAAGGUUAG